UAUUCCCCUUGGUCCCCGUCUUGACACUUCGAUGAAGACAGACGCCUCCCUGUCCCCCCAGCCAGGAACAUGAAGGGCUUAUCGGGUGGCCGCUCCCAGCACCAGAUCCCCUCGCCCCAUGGGCUAGACCAGUUUGACCAUCCUCAAGACUUCCAUGGCAUGGGCCACCAUGGCGGAGCCUCUGAGUCGCGCCACUCCUCCUACCUGCUCAGCCCCACCGAGAGCUGCCCAAUGGACUACCACCACCGCUACUCACCACGCAGCUCCAUCCACUCUGACUGCAUGAUGAUGUCCCCCGUCAUCAUGGCACCCUCGUCGGGUGUUGGUGGCGGCGCAGCCAUUGACCACAUCUCCAGCAGCACCUUCCCCAGAAUGCACUACAGCUCCCAGUACUAUGACUCGGCCACGCGGGAUGACUGCGCCGCCAUCACCGCCUCCGCCACCUCCCAUGUUGCUGCUGCCCCCACCACUUCAGCCUUGCAGUACCAGGGCAGCGGCAAGAGCAACCGCAUCCCGGCAAACCUGCUUGACCAGUUUGAGAAGCAGCUGCCACUGCACCGUGACGGCUUCCACACACUGCAGUACCAGAGGACGUCCACCACCACCACCACGGAGCAACGCAGCGAGAGCCCCGGACGCAUCCGCCACCUUGUCCACUCCGUCCAGAAGCUCUUCACCAAGUCCCAUUCCCUGGAGGGCUCAUCCAAGAUGAACGGAACCAAAGGUGAUGGUGGAGGAGGGGGACACCACGGCGGCUCCCAACACAGCCACCACGGAGGCUCCAAGCAUGGCAGCAAGCGAAGUAAGAGCAAAGAGCGCAAGACGCACCGCUCGGGGGGAGCGGGCGGCUUCUGGAGUUCCGACGACAACCUGGACAGCGACAGCACCUACCGCACGCCCAGUGUCAUGAGCCGUCACCAUGGCGACCAUGCCCAUGCCGCCCACUGCUACCCGGACUCCAUGCACCACAGUCACUUUGGGGACCUGUCCCUCAAGACCUCCAAGAGCAACAACGAUGUCAAGUGCUCAGCAUGUGAGAGCAUGGCCAUGACUCCGGAGGGGAAGUUUAUGAAGAGGAGCUCCUGGUCCACGCUGACCGUCAGCCAGGCCAAGGAGGCCUACAGGAAGUCCUCCCUCAACCUCGAGAAACCCAUGAUGCACACAGACCUCAAGCCCUCGCUACGGGCCUGUCACUACCUACAGGUGCCUCAGGAUGAGUGGAGUGGAUACCCAGAGGAUGGAGACCAGGACGAGGAGAUCCCGUGUCGGCGGAUGCGCAGCAGCAGCUACGUCAAAGCCAUGGGAGAAGAAGACAACGACUCUGGUGGCGAAUCUGAUGGCAGCCCCAAGACCUCACCCCAGAAGGCCAUCCGACCCGACGCCCUCGUCCUCAAAUCAGCUAUGCAGAGACCCCACAUAGAACCCCAAAGUCAGAGCUACCACUUGCAAACCACCCGAGACAUGAUGCGGCCCCAUCCCAGUGUCACCCUGGACCCAGCCACCAACUACCCCCAACACCAUAUACCCCUCGGCCCUCAGUUCCGAUCCCGGAACCAGAGCUACAUGCGCGCGGUUAGCACCCUCAGUCAGGCAAGCUGCGUCAGCCAGGUGAGUGAGACUGAGGUCAAUGGCCAGUUUGAGUCAGUUUGCGAGUCCGUUUUUAGCGAAGUAGAAUCCCAGGCCAUGGAGGCCUUGGACCUGCCUGGCUCGUUCCGCACUCGAAGCCACAGUUACCUGCGUGCAAUUCAGGCUGGGUAUUCCCAAGACGACGACUGCUUGCCUUCAAUGACAUCCUCCACUGUCACUUCAACUCUCAGAUCCACAACAGCGGUGACGCACACGCCUAGCUAUAAGGCAAAGACGCCCCCGCCGGUGCCACCUCGCGCCACCUCCAAGCCCCUCAUCUCGGUGACGGCCCAGAGCAGCACAGAUUCCACCCAGGAUGCCUACCACGAGGGAAGGCACCCGCGGGGGAGUAUCCUGUGGGCGCCGGACGGUCUGGGCGGCUCGGGUCGAAACCUCUACAACUCCACUGACAGCCUGGACAGUGCCAAGGCGGUGACGUUGGCCAUGGAGACGGCAGCGGGCAAGCGAAACGCCUCCACGGGCAGCCACAGCUCCGUGCAGACGUGUGACAAGGCGGUGCUCGUGUCCAAGGCUGAGGAAUACCUCAAAACACCACGCUCUUCCAUAGGGAUUCAGGUGGAGACGGCGACAGACUCCGAGUCGGAGAGCAAAGGGCUUCCUCAGUACCAUUCUGUGGGCACCCAGGUGGAGGAUGACAAAGGGCAUGGCAGGUUCAAGCGCUCCAACAGCGUGACGACGGCCGUACAAGCUGACAUGGAACUAGAGGGCUUCCCCACCAUGGAGGACAAGGGCCUGCAGUUUGGAGGGGGCUUGGGCUUCCGCGGGGGCCACUCGGAGCCUAGCACGCCCACCCAGUACGGGGCUGUCCGCACCGUCCGCACCCAGGGCCUCUUCAGCUACCGGGAGGACUACCAGCGCUCCUCCAGCGGACCGCCCAGCCCGCAGCCCGAGUCAUGGCUGACAGAGCCCUCUCUGGAGGGGGCUGAGACGGGCCGAGUGUCCCCCCUCCGCAGGGACGGCAGCUGGUUCAUGCAGCUCCUCCAUAAUGAAACUAAGAGGAUGGAGGGAUGGUGUAAAGACAUGGAGAGGGAGGCGGAAGAGCAUGACCUGUCGGAGGAGAUCCUAGGGAAAAUCCGAAGUGCCGUGGGCAGCGCACAACUCCUCAUGUCUCAAAAAUUCCAGCAGUUCUACUGGCUGUGUCAGCAGAACCUGGACCCCAGCGCCAUGCCCCGCCCCACCUCUCAGGACCUGGCCGGAUUCUGGGACCUGCUGCAGCUCUCCAUCGACGACGUCACUGCCAAGUUUGACGAGCUGCAGGAAAUCAAGAGCAACGAGUGGAGGCCCGUGGAGAGCCCCGAGAAGAAGACACCAUUACAGGAGAGGAAGUGGCCUCCCCCGCUGCCAAAGAGGCCUCCGAAGGGGCGUGGCGGCGUGAUGCGGGAGCGCUCUCUGGACCUGCAGGACCGCCAGCGUCAGGAGGCACGGCGCCGCCUCAUGGCAGCUAAGCGGGCAGCUUCCUUCAGACAGAACUCAGCCACAGAGCGGGCGGACAGCAUCGAGAUCUACAUCCCCGAGGCCCAGACCCGCCUUUGAGGUCCAAGCAUUUACCCCUCUAGCCUGACCCCGACCCCAGCUCUGCCUCCUUCCGGCCCCCAUAUCCCAGACCCAGCCAGUGGGUGUCACCCAGACUCCCUCCUCCCCCUUUCUUUUCAUCUGUGUCUCACUUUCACUUCUUACUGUUUCUCUCCAUCUAUUGCCCUUCUUCUGAUGUCCUCUCCCCUUUAAGACGGAGGUAAUAUUCACCACCCCUCCACCCCAUUAUAAUGAGCUGCUACUACAACCUCCCCUUUAACCGAACUGAUCCACCAUCACAAUUAUAUUUGGCUAAUUACAAGCAAAAUGAUUAUUUUCUAUACUGUAACAAAUUCUCUUGUUGGAAAUGUAUUCAUCCCCCCAAGAGCUUUCGCAUUGCCAUCAUGUAUUAUGAGCCUCUGGGUAAAGUAAGGGUAAUAUCAGUAUUUUCCCACCGUGUUCAAAAGGAAUCACAAAGUGCAACUUUUCUAUGGAGAAUCUCACCAGCAUCAGUGGUCUUGGGCUAAAUCACCCUGUGCGGAAACUACUACUCCCCAGUGGUAGCACAGAGGUGGUGAUGACUCACUGUCAAGAUAGAAGUCUGGAAAUGUCUCCCCCAUGUUUGUGGGUUGUCAGUCAAAGUGGGGGGAAUAUGUAGUGCGAUUGAUCAACACCUGCUAUUGAAAUACCUCAGUCUUGCAGUGGGCACUCUAGGGUAAAAACCAUAGACAUAGAAUUAAAAUCUAUUUCUAUGGGGUCUAUUCUAUUUCUAUGGUAGAGACCAAGGAGUAGUCAUCACAUCUGAUAUGGUCGCACAGCAUCCUGGGUAUAGUAGUUCCGUUGUUAUUCUUGGGACGUACUCACACCACUUUUUACCAGGCUUGCUGCUGCAGCCACUGCCUAACAUUGCUGAGACAUGGGAUGUGAAAAAGACAUGCAGCAGUAACCCAGCUAGCACAUUUAGUUCCUUGGAAGUUGUGGGACAGAAGUUUUUGGUUUCCAACUGAUUCUGGGAACAAAGCCAUAAGUUUCCUGAUCGGUAAAACUGAACGUUUUUAAAACGUUCUGGGAAUGUACAUUUUUAGGUUGCACGGAGGUUCUGAGAACCUUUUACUACGGUUCCCUGAAAGUUUUCCUGGGAGGUUUUAUUAACGUAAAUUAUAGGUUAUUUGAAGGUGAUCAAAUAACGUUGUGAGAACAUUCUCAAAAUAUUGUGAAUGUUUGGAACUAAAUAUUAAGGUUAUUUUGAGGUUUUUUAAUCACUUAAAACGUUCACUGAACGUUUCAAUAAGACUGCUAGCUUAGGUUAACUGUUUUGAACUCCAAGGAGAUAGGACACACGGAAAUGAAUCAUGCAAACACAUGUAUUUUUUUUAUAUUGGCACAGCGUCAGUGAGAUUCAAACCUAUGAUCUUCUGUUCUCUGUCCAUGGAAUUAGUUCACUGCGACAGCAGGAUGGCGCUACAGUAGCAUGCCAUGUUUUUUAAACUCAUACAAAGAUGUUAAUUUUUAGUAUAUUCCAACGGACCCCAGUUCAAAGGAAACUCCUUAAGACCAGGGCGCCCAAUUAUUGGGGACAGCCAAUACACCUCAACACACUUACGAAGAAAGAGGUUAGAGAGAGUUUUGUUGACACUGAGAAUAGAUGUAUAAGAUUUUAAAUAACAUUAUUAUAAUGUUCUUUGAACGCUACAAUGUUUUUUCUUGUGGUUCUUAUGUAACAUUUUCUUAAUGUUCUUAAAACAAUGGCUUUAAAUAGAACCGUGAGGAAACCUGCAGAAAACUUUACACUAAAGUACUGAAAUUCCCACAGAAUAACGUUGUUUCUUAACGUUCUCAGAACUAUUUCAGAAUAAUUCCCAAUGUUGACGAACAUUUCUUUAACAUUACACAUUUUUUUGUUAAAUGUAACCAUGUUUGAACUUUUAGGAAACAUUCUGUUAAAGUAAUGAAAUAACAAGAAAAUAAUUUUUUUUUUGUCAAGUUCCUUAAAUGUGUUGAGAAGGUUCCAAAGCCAAGCAACUAUCCUGUACCAUUCUCAGAAAGUUGUGGGAAGGUUGAAUGCAAAAUAACCAUGGGACAACCACCCGGUCACCAUGCUCUAAGAAACUUAUGGUUCUCAGAACGUAAUGUGCUAGCUGGGACAGUACCUUAGGGCUGCAUUUAUGCAUUUUCAGUUACGAUAACGGCUUUGUCGUAAGGUUGAAACAUGGUUAUGAUAUGGGUUGUACAGUGCAUUUAUUCGUCUGAUCCAUGUUUCCAUUGCAACACUAUUGUAAAACACUUAAAAGGGAAAAAAUGUUUCACAUUUCAUGAAAAAAAAAGAAGUUGACUAUGAUAUAAUGCAUUUUUGCACCUUAUAUAUAUACUAUUCAUGUUUGUAUUUCCAAGGGAAAUGUAGUAAAUGACACUCACAUGAUAUUGUUGCAGUUGAAUUGCAAGGACAAAAAAAUGGAACAUUUGCUAUUGAAUAUGUCUAUGGUGCUGUUCUAUACACAGCAUCAAUCUGCACCUUGAGUUUUGUGUCCCCUGAUGUCCAGUACUAUUGUAAUGAUAAUAAUGGUGAUAAAUAAUGUAAUCUAUCACAUAUAUACCCAAUGACCAACAUCACAAACUACAUUGAACUUGAAUUGUAUCAUAGUGGACGCUGUGAAAGAAUGACUGUCGAUGGGGUGGAGAGAGCAGUGCCCCAACAGACAGAUGACUUAUACCUAUUAGAGACCACAUCACACACAUUCUAUCCCAUCCGGCACACAACAAUCAAGUAUUUUUUACAGAAGUAGUGUGGGACAGACAGGUGCAAAUGUCACUUUAACACUAUCCAGUUACUAGUAAAUGGUGCUGCUUUUUACCUGAAACGGUUGUACCCAGUCCUAUGUGCACGCACGCACACACACACACACACACACACACACUCAAGGACUUUUUAAGAACAGAGAUUUACUAAAAUGGUGCCAAUAGCAUCUGCAAUUAAAGAUGGUGGCUAUUGACUUGCGGGAAGAAAGAAAAAAACAUAUUUGCAAAAUGUCUAUUUGCAUUGUUCAUUUUUGCUUAAAAGUUGUUUAUUGACAAUACAUACGAUGAGGUAUUUCUACUCCCUAUCUUGCCAUGAGCUAAGAGGGUUGCUGUAAUAGUAGCCAUAGUCAAAGGUCUAGGGAAUUCUAGUGAGAGAGAGAGCAAGGCAUUUACAUUUUUAUGACGUCACUCCGUUGCUUUGGCGGUGCUCGUCAACACCACACUUGGAGCUUAUUGUUUCAAUAAACUGUAUAUUUCCUUCAAAAAAUGACUGUACUUAUACUAGAUGACAUGAUAUACUGGCAUUUGUGUUGUACUGCGUGUCAUUGAUAUAGUAUAUCCAUUUACCCAUAUGAACAGUAGAUUGGAUUUUCUUUAGUAUAAUUCAUUUAUUCCCAUAUACUUGUUAUGUUAGGGUUGUAAGCUUCUAGCACCAGUGGUCGACUAGGAAUUUUCAAUAGAAUGUGAUGCAAAAACAGGGUGAGCUGUUAUAUAUCCACAUAGCCUAGAUUAAGACCAUUUUAAUUGCGACCUUUUGAAAGGGCAACACACAAUAAGCAACAGUUCAGUUGGUCAGAUACGUUGCCAGAUAUUUUGCUAAAAAAGGGUGGGAAGUAGUUGAAUAAACUGGGACUUCCCUCAUUCCUCUAUAGCUUCUGGUAAACCACUCAACGUCUCCAAUUUCAUUUCCUGACAUCGGCCUCUCUCUGCUGUGAACCUCAAUGAAACCGUUACGUACCAGACGGCCUUAAACACAUCGAAAGCAAAAUCAUAUACGAAUGUAGAGUCACUAACAAUGCAACAACAACAAAAAGGUCAUAGGAGAUGUGUAGGUGCUGUGUAACAGCAAACAGUACAGUAUUGUGAUUCUAUGUGGACACAAAGUCCAUGUCUGGUCUAAGUGAGGUAACAGCAGAAAGUGAGAGACAUUGAUAGCUUAAUGAAGAGAUUUCAAUUUUUUUUUUAAACAGUCAGAGGUUCCCAUUAGAUUAGAGUAUGAUCGUUGAAAUGACGUCACUUUCACACCCGUGGUGGUCUCAUCUGAGAGAUUCAUAACCACAGGGUCAACAACUGCUGCUAUAGUGACGUACUCGUAACUUAUUCACCACAGUUACCAAUUUGCACACUGAUACAUAACACCAAAUUGAAGAUUAUAUUAAACAUGAUAGAUUGGCCAAGGCAAAUAGUUCAUUGAUCUUCACGUUCUUCUUUCCCCUUUAUCGUUUCCUAGUCUUUAGUUAUUCAUAUUGUGUGAUAUUAUAAUGUAUGGCCCUCUACAUUAGGUGCAUAAAUUGAGACAGCAAUUUUUUGGGUCUUCGUAGAAAGUGAAUUGCCCUUUCUCCAAUCUCAAACAUACUCUAUUAUCAUGUUUGUCCCAUACCGUAUACUUUCUCAUGAUCUAAGGAGGGUUUGCAAGUUUGGCAACUACGUACGAUGGGGGAAAAAAAUCCUUAGGUGCCUUAAAAUCAGACUUACAAGAAUCUAUGAAUGAAUGUCUUAGUUUGAGGUCUUUGGUUGGAAUACGAUGCCAUGCAGAGUGCUUGGCCAUCUCUGGUUGUGUUGAUUGAGUUGUAAUGUCACCUCAAAGGGCUGUUUGGGAGGAAAGCUAGCUUGUUGUUUUUUUCAUCCAAAUGCCUUGAUAUUAGUAGUUUGGAUUAGCAUUGGACCAUUUUGAAUUGUUAUACUGUUGUAUGACUGCAGCACAAGUUGAUAAUUGAAGAGGAUGAGAUGAUGUGAAAAUUGAAUUGAUACAUUUUGUGUGAUUGUUUAAACUAUGCUUUUGGUAAGAUCUGUCAUUGUUGGCAUCCAUUCAUUCUCACAGGUAGAGAUUGUUCCCAUUAAUCAGGGGGGGGGGACAUGUUACCUUUGGUGUAAUCUGCAGGUUUGGUGAUUCAUAUCUAUUGGUACAUGCCCCAAGUUUACGUUAUGUCACCGGUAUGCAAGUGUCUUCGUGAUUGGUACACACUGUGUACACACACAUUUAUCAUCAUGAAAUCUUGUAUGUUGAUGGUCUUUGAUUUAUUUUGACCAACAGAAAGUGCAGCGUAGAAUUUUUUUAUCAGAAUCAAACUGAAUCAAUGUAACAGGAGCAAACAUAGGUUAUGUGUGUACGUGUGUUUGCAUUUGUGUGUGCCCUGCGUGUGUGUGUGUGUGGCUCGGAGGGGGAUGGCAGAGAAAAACAACAUCCCAGGGAGUAUUUUUCCUUGCUAUGAUAUCGUAACCUCGUCCCAGUUCUCAAUGCUUUAUGGCUUAUUAUCGUUACCACAAACUAGAGACUGACUAAACUUGACCUGCUAAAAAGUGCAAUAGUGUUUCAUACAACAGGCAGGCACACAUACAGCUAUUUACCUCAUGGUUUGAGAGUCAGUUACAGUGACAACACACGGCCACCACACGCCUGUGUCCUAUGCAGUAGUCCUGCCAGCCUGCAUCAUGUCCCCAUUUCUACAGACAUUCCCUCUAACGCAUGAUGGCCCCAGUGGAAAUCAAUCUUUGUUUGCUGAUCUUUAUGGAAGUGGACAUUGUCUUAAGGAGGUUGAAGAAUUGAGUUGUUGUGCACAGUUCAAAUCUCAGUACGUUUUCAGUCAUCUUGAUCUAUCUUCAGAAACGUUGGUGUUUGCACACUUACUGGCCAGGUCAUUCUGAAUGCAGCUUGGUAUUCUAUUAAACACACGGUACAUCACCCUCAUCACCCUCAAUAUGCAGUAUGUCCAUGAUGAAUUGCUUUCCUGAUUGCAUUUUAACGAUUGGAAAUAUCCUCCUUUUAAUGCUCUUCAAGACUUAAACGCUAAUCACACACAUAUAAACAGACAUUUAGAAUAACAAAUUGCAUCAUAUCCAAGUUCUUUGGUGUGAUAUUUUGUUCUGCAGCCCUUUUACGUGUGGAACUCUUUUAGGGGCUAAAACGUACAAUGUUCCAUGAGUGACAUUUUUGCUACAUCGUCUUGGGCAAAUGUGUUUGGUGGGCUGUUGUGCUAUAAACCUCAAAGAAGUCAGUAAAGGUGCUGAAGUUAAUUGAACUUGUUUUUUCUUGUUUUCUUUCUCAAGAAUUACAGAGAUUGGUUUAUUCUGACAAUCAGCGCACAAACACAGGUACGCGCACACACACACUACACAGCAGUAAGACAAAAUGUCCUCAAGAUGGCACCCUAAAUUCUUUAUUUUGAACAAUUCAUCUUGAGGUAUUUUGACACCAACACGAUUUUCUAUGGCCCUGUAAACUUUGCUUGAGUUUUUCUUUCAAUUUUUUCCUUUUUUCCAGUGCAGUUGCACUCUAAGAAUGUCUCUCUCUCUCCUCAUAAAAUAUUUGAUUCAAUAAGGAGCACAGUGUUGUUCUUUAUCAUUAUCACUGAUUUUGGCCACUGACCUUCCACAAAAUACCAUGGGCACUUUCUUAAUUUCCUUGAGGCAAUGUUAUUUUAUUUUAAUUUUAAAAGGUUUUAGCGAAUCAGAGCUGCUUUACAUUGAAAACCACAUGGACUGAAUGUGCCCACUGCCCGUUUAGCAAUAAGCUUCAUUCAAUGCAUUGUAGCUUUUACAUCACAACAUCUACAGUAUGGCCUUCUAAUUUGACCUGCCACCCAAACACUUUAUUCCUUAGUCAAUGCCAAUGGAGGGUUCUGCCUACAAGGUCUCCCAUUCCCCUGCAAUUACCUAGGCCUACAUGUACAGUGCCUUUGGAAAGUAUUCAGACCCCUUGACUUUUUCCACAUUUUGUUAUGUUACAGCCUUAUUCUAAAAUGUAUUAAAUUGUUUUUUUCCACUCAUCAAUCUGCACACAAUACCCCAUAAUGACAAAGGAAAAACAGGUUGUCCAUUUUUUGGGGGACUUGUCCAGAAGCCACUCCUGCUUUGUCUUGGCUGUGUGCUUAGGGUCUUUGUCCUGUUGGAAGGUGAACCUUCACCCCAGUCUGAGGUCCUGAGCGCUAUAUAGCAGGUUUUCAUCAAGGAUCUCUCUGUACUUCCUCCGUUCAUCUUUGCCUCGAUUCUGACUAGUCUCCCAGUCCCCGCUGCUGAAAAACAUCCACACAGCAUGAUGCUGCCACCACCUUGCUUCACCGUAGGGAUGUUGCCAGGUUUCCUCCAGACGUGACGCUUGGCAUUCAGGCCAAAGAGUUCAAUCUUGGUUUCAUCAGACCAGAGAAUCUUGUUUCUCAUGGUCUGAGACUCCUUUAGGUGCCUUUUGGCAAACUCCCAAGCGGGCUGUCAUUUGCCUUUUACUGACGAAUGGCUUCCGUCUGGUCACUCUACCAUAAUAUUUGGUGGAGUGCUGCAGCGAUUGUUGUACUUUUGGAAGGUCUCCCAUCUCUGCAAAGGAACUCUGGAGCUCUAUCAGUGACCAUCGGGUUUUUGGUCACCUCCCUGACCAAAACCCUUCUCCCCAAUUUCUCAGUUUGGCCGAGUGGCCAGCUCUAGGAAGAGUCUUGGUGGUUCCAAACUUCUUCCAUUUAAGAGUCAUUGAGGCCACUGUGUUCUUGGGGACCUUCAAUGCUGCAGAAAUGUUUUUGGCACCCUUCCCCAGAUCUGUGCUUCGACACAGUCCUGUCCUUCGACCUCAUGGCCUGGUUUUUGCUUUGACAUGCACUGUCAACUGUGGGACCUUAUAUAGACAGUUAUGUGACUUUCCAAAUCAUGUCCUAUCAAUUGAAUUUACCACAGGUGGACUCCAAUCAAGUUGUAGAAACAUCUCAAGAAUGAUAAAUGGAAACAGGAUGCAACUGAGCUCAAUUUUUAAUCUCAUAGCAAAGGGUCUGAAUACUUAUGUUAAGGUAUUUCUGUUUUUUUUAUAUAUAUAUAUAUACAUUUUCCUAAAUUUCAAAAAGUCUGUUUUCGCUUUGUAAUUAUGGGGUAUUAUGUUUAGAUUACUAAGGCUUGUUUUUAUUUAAACCAUUUUAGAAUAAGGCUGUAACGUAACAAAAUGUGGGAAAAGUGAAGGGGUCUGAAUACUUUCUGAAGGCACUGUAACUCAACUAUAUGGACAUUCGGGGCAGAUGUGAAUUCAUUGUUCACAUUGACAGUCGUUGUGUUUUUAGCCUUUAAAAGCCAAUACAACUUUCACAGGGAAAAGAAAGGGCAUCAUUUACCUGUGCAAUUUUUUAUUUUUGCUAAAUGUUUUGCGAGGGGAGAUAGCUUUUCACUGUAUGUUUACUUACCUAUGGUGAAGAAUUGAUUGUUUUGUGGGUAUAUUUAAUAAAUGGCCUCUCAUGGGUUUUGGAAUGUAACAUGGAAGAAAGAGUUUGAUUGGAUAAAGGUAGAUGUUUAGCUUAAACUAUUUUGAAUUGUUAGAUAUCACAUCAAUAAUAAGGAUGAAUAUAAUGCCAAAUAUUCAUUAUUUGUACAGAAAUAUACAAAAAUACAUAUAUAAAUUCAUGCCUAAUUUAAACUAUUUUCCGCUCUUGAGUCGACCAUGUUUUUGUUGUCUGAACUUUCCUUUGUCUGUUUUUUUUUUACAAGGACUUAAGACAGCAUGCCUGAUAGUGAAAUGUAUGUAUGAAUGUAUUAUCUGAUGUUUCAUUGCUGUUCAGUAUUGCAGCAUUCUACAGAUUGUUUUGUAUUUGACUAAUUUGCUGUUUAAGUUACUAUUUCAAUUUAAAUUAUAGAUUUGGUUAUCUGAAAUGAUUGUUAACCUUUCUUUUCUCAAUAAGAGUUUUUGAACUCUUGAUUUGAUUUGAUUAUUUUCCUGCUUUAUCAAUGUGCUUCAGUAUUUUUAUGCUAUAACUUAUCAAUCUGACUCUUUGAAUUAAGUAUUGCUAAUGACCAUCUUUUGUAAAUAGUUCUGCAAAUAAACAUUUUUGGA